CCUCGCAAACUUCAACCGGAACGGACGUACUGAUCGCGGCUCUUCAACUCCCUCAUCUUGCGUGGAACCAGGGAUAGGUGCCAAGUCUCGAGUGAUUCCCAGUGAUUUGUUGCUCUGAGCGGCGCGUAAACAAAGUGACACGAUGAGGCCCCAAUUGGCGACCAUGGGCAUUGGCAUGGUGCUGGCUGCGCUCUGCGGCCUUGGCACUGGUUCCAUUGUGGAAGCUCCCGGAGUCACCCAGGCACCACCGCCACCUCCACUCCCACCUCGCCACCUGCGGAGCAACCAAACGCGGUCGCGCAUGCCCAGCAACUUCCGAAGUACUGCGACCUCCACAAGUCUUCCCAGAUGCGACUACAAGGAGCUCAUGACCAAUCUGCACGAUCGCGUUGGCAUCUUGGUGACCUUGGACGAGGACCAGCGCCACCGCCUGGAAGUCAUCGAUAAGAAAUUGGAUCAGCUAGUGGAAAGCAGUUCAGCCCGCAUGGAAUCGAUGAAGGCCCAGCAAUUGGACUUCCUGCAGAGACUGGACAGCUUUGAGCACAUCCAGCGGCUUUCGAGAAACACUCUGGAUGAGCUUAAAGGUGAAACCGAUCAGGUUUUCGGUCCCCGAAAUAUUAGGGAGCUCAAACACAAGCUAAGAAAUCGCAGGAAGUUGAAGGGUAACCUAAUAGAAAUGUCGAUGUUGUGCUCUGUUUGUGUCUCUGAUAUCUCGCGCACUGUUCGCGACGUCUCACAGGAUCAGUUUUCCAGCCCGGGAACUGGUGUAUUUAACGAAUCCAACUUGAACGUCUCAAGUCGCCUGGAUGCCUUAGCCACUCUCUUGGCCUCCACUGCUCUCGGGGUCAGAUCACUGCAGAUUGAAGUGGCCAAUCUCUCACGGGCCAUUAGGCGCCAGAGCCGUUUGAUCCAGGGAAAGGAAUUGAAGGCGACAGCAGCUCAGGCUCCAAUCUUCUAUGGUCCAAAUGGAUUACAUGAACCCUCAGCGACACGGCAGUUGCAUACUAGUUGUUCCUACUCCUUCCUUGCCAGCCAUGGAGUUCUGAAAAUCCAGCUCACACCCGAAUCGGAAUCCUUCUACGUGUCCUGCUAUGAGGAUUGGACUGUUAUUUUGAGCCGCAGCUCCGAUGAUGUGAGCUUCGAACGCGGCUGGCUGGAUUAUCGCGAUGGCUUUGGAAAUCUGGCCGGCGACUUCUUCAUCGGUCUAAACAAGCUGCAUGCCCUCACUUCAUCGGCCUUGCACGAACUGCGGAUUGAGAUGGAGGACUUUUCGGGCAACGUGGCGUAUGCGGGAUAUUCGUUGUUCGCCAUUGGCAGCGAAAAGGAACUGUAUCCCCUCGUCCUGCUGGGCAAGUUCCAGGAUAAUUUGACUCCCUCAGCUGGAGACUCAUUGACCUAUCAUGCCGGAGCUAGGUUCAGCACUGUGGAUCAGGAUAACGACAACUGCCCCGAGUGCAAUUGCGCCCUGAGACACAAGGGAGCUGGAUGGUUUAAUAACUGCGCCAAGAGCAACUUAUUCGGCGAAUAUACCACGCAGAACUUUGGCCAAGCUGGAGAAACUGGGAUCUGGUGGGAUACAUUCUCAGGAGAGAACUCGCUGAAAAGGGUUCGCUGGCUGAUUCGUCCCGUUGUCGAAGGAUCAGAUGAUGGCAGGCGAUAGGAAAUCUGUGAAACAGCCGUCUCCGAAAUCAGGGAAAACCCACAAUCGAUUGCUUGCAUUUUAGCCCUAGCUUUAGCUUUGAAUCUCUUUGUGCGUGUGUGUGUAAUAUUUAUGGAAAAUUACUUAAUACCUAGAUAAUACAGUAAAUUUACGAGUA